CUCGCACUGAUCGAGCCCGAGAGGGACAACCACACGCGCACACACAAGACGGCUGCGGCUGCGGCUGCGGCUGCGGCUCCUCCAAUGGCGGCGAUCACCGCGCCGCCGCCCCCUCCUCCCGCCUCCACCUCCUGCCGCCUCCCCCGCCGCUGGUCUCUAACCCGCAUCGCCGCCGCCUCCUCUUCCCCAUCCUCCCGCUUCCGCCCCUCUUCCUUCCGCCGCCCAUCCUCUUCCACCUCCCUCUUCGCGGCCGGCAGCAGCGGCGGCGGGGGCGAGAUCCUCCACGUCUCGCCACCUUCUCCACCCGCCAAUCCCCCCGGGGCGCCCGUCUACGUCACGCUCCCCGCCGACGCCGUCGGCCCGGGGGGGCGCGUGGCGCGCCGCCGCGCCAUGGGGGCCUCGCUCGCCGCGCUGGCGGCCGCCGGGGUCGCCGGCAUCGCCUUCGAGCUCUGGUGGGGCGUCGUCGAGCGCCAGGGUCCCGGGGAGUACGACUGGGCCGGCUACCUCGACCUCGCCGCCAUGGCCCGCCGCCACGGCCUCCGCGUGCGCGCCAUCCUCGCCUUCCACCAGUGCGGCGCUGGCCCGCACGACCCGCUCUGGAUUCCUUUGCCACAGUGGGUGCUUGAGGAGAUGGAUAAGGUUCCAGACUUGUCAUAUACCAAUAGAUACCAGCAGAGAAACAAAGAAUACAUCUCAUUGGGGUGUGAUAGUCUUCCUGUUCUGAAAGGCAGAUCACCUAUGCAAGCUUACUCAGACUUCAUGAGAAGCUUCCGCAAUACUUUCGAAGAUUACCUUGGCGCCAUAGUGACAGAAGUUCAAGUUGGAAUGGGCCCAGGAGGUGAGCUUAGGUAUCCGUCAUGCCCAACUGAGAAGCUAAGUCAGCCAGGCAGUUCAUCCGAACUUGGGGAAUUUCAGUGUUAUGACAAGUUUAUGCAAGCAUCAUUGAGUGCUCAUGCACAGAUUCUUGGGAUCCAAAAGUGGGGGAGUGGUGGUUCAAUUGGCAGAGAUGGCUCACAGCAGAAUCUCGAAGAAAGUAGUUUUUUUCGCGCUGAUGGAGGAUAUUGGGAUACACCUUAUGGUCGCUUUUUCCUUGAGUGGUAUUCAGGAAUGCUUGUCCUCCAUGGAGAAAGGUUAUGCAUGAUAGCUGAUACUAUCUUCUCCGGUACUGGCGUGACCAUCUCAGGAAAGGUUGCUGGCAUACAUUGGCACUAUUAUACUUGUGCACACCCAUCUGAACUGACAGCUGGCUACUAUAAUACCCUACUAAGAGAUGGUUACCUUCCUAUUGCUCAAAUGUUUGCCAAGUACAAAGCUGCACUGUGUUGCGGUUGUUUUGACCUGAGGGACACAGAAAAAACAAAUCCUGAGAGCAGUCCAGAAGGGACCCUUCGGCAGCUUGUAGGUGCUGCAAAAAUGUGCAAUCUUCCCCUUAAUGGUGAAAAUUCUGUGACAAGGCUGGAUGAUGCAUCACUGAACCAAGUGAUAAGAAGCUCACGGCUCUAUUCAGGUCGGAGUUCAGGAACAUCAUUUUCCUUCAACUAUGUUAGGAUGAACAAAAGCUUAUUUGAGUUCCACAAUUGGAGUCGAUUUACGAAGUUUGUUAGGCAGAUGUCAGAUGCCAGAACCUUUCUAGCAAGACUAGAUGUCAGGAGAGGGCAGCAAUACUUGUCUUCAAUGUCAGUUGUUUGGGUAGUUAGUAGGGCAUGUGCAUAUACAUGAAAGUUUUCAAAAGCAAUUGGAAAUCAUGUACAUGUAAUUUUCAAGCAUAAAUGAUUUGACAACAUGGAAGGAGAAGUUUCACUCGGUAUAUGGCUCAUUUUUAGUUGCCAGAAGGGCAGGCAUGGAUAUGCUACAUUAUUUUGAUGCAUAGGCCAUUGGUCGACCAAACGGUUCACAUCUUAUAUUUGUUUGUUGUAAACUGAUUGUCCGUGUACCUGUUAACAAUCUUGAAUCUUGAAAAAGAAAUGUCUCUGUUACUAUAGCA